UUUGUCAUCAUUGACCGUAUCACCAUAAUUCCGACACCAGGAAUAACAGUGACAUUCGGGCGGUAAAUAACAAGAAUAACUUCACACAAUAGUCUGAGCGUUUAUUGUUCAUUUGCUCAGCAAUCCUCCGCCUCCUGUUUUUGUCGUUCGGGCAAUGAAACAGUGGCCAGCACGGGCCACAGUGGGCCAAACGUCCCAAACGUCACCAGGGAAGCUUGUACAUCUCGAUGCUUAACGUGCAUGGCGACCGUUGAGAGCCCGAUAAUACCCUUGACAACAACAAAAACCUUUCCUGCGCGCCAGAUCCACCACUGCAGCCAGUCUCCUCUGCGAAGUCGCUUCCAUCACAUCCUCACACACAUACCUCAACAUCUUGUGGCUGCUCCUGCCAUAUGUGCCCCUCCGCUCGCUCAUAACAUCCACCCGAGUGCUCAUGUCGACUGAUCCCCGCUGAGAGCUUGGGAGAAUCGGAGGACAUGUUCGCCCAAUGCAAGUCGCCCAUCUGGAGGGCUGACGAUUUUACAACAUGCUUUGAACAAGACUAUCUCCAUGGCCUGUUCCCUCUGAUCGUGUGCGCCACCUCUCUACUAUAUCUAUGCAAACAGAUAUACGAAACAGCUGGGAAAUCAAGAUCACAUAAGUUCUACAAGCCACUUGACGGCACUGUAUCUCACGCUGAGCCAAAUGGAAAUGGCACCUAUGACGACGAUACCGAUACGGACGAUUACGACUCCAAUGAAGAGCUCGCCCUGGCAGCAACCGCAAGCCAUGUCACAAGGAACUCUAUCAUCGAAGUAAACCGGCCACGAGGCGAGCUGUUUAUCGUCGCACUUGAGGGGCUAGCCGUUCUCGGCGAGCUCGCAAUACAUAUCACAGCGUUUGUGUAUCACGCUUGGCGUGGUACAAGUAACGCCGCAGGUAUUGCUGGAGUUGCUGUGUGGACAUAUGUCGCAAUUCUGGCUUCAUUGCGUCUGCUAUUCUCCAGCUCAAACAGAUUAUCGUUUCCCAAGCUCUGGUAUCAUACAGCGUUCAUAUAUGGUGCCCUCUGGCUUCUCACCGUCUUGCUCUUCCGUUCGGCCAUCAUCCACCCUCGCUCGAAUCUUUCACGUAACCUGACCAUAGCCGAUUUUGCCAUUGUGACUUUACUAGCUACAAUCGCAUUGACCACUCGAAAGGAAAACAAAGCUGUUAAAUUGGAAUAUGAGAAUGGUCUGGAGCCGUCGAAAGAGCAGGUGGCCAGUGUGCUGUCUCUCGCAACAUUUUCAUGGGUCGAUGCGAUUGUAUGGAAAGGCUAUACGAAAACGUACGAGAUGGAAGAUGUCUGGAACUUAUUGCCCAAAGAUAAAGCCGCGGCCGUGUUAGCAGAUUACCGAGCUGUAAAGAAAACAAAUGCACUUGCGUGGCACUUACUCAAAUACUUCAAGAGAGGUUUAUUAAUACAGGCUGCCUGGGCUGUUGGUUCUGGAUUCCUCACGUUCGCGCCUACGCUUCUCCUGAAGGUUAUACUGGAAUACGUAGAACGACCAGAUGAGACUCCAGUGAAUGCUGCUUGGUUUUAUGUGAUCCUGCUUUUCGUUUCCGGCUGCGCUUCAGCCCUCGCUGAUGGCCAAGCUUUGUGGGUCGGCCGGAAAGUUUGCAUCCGCCUCAAAGCUGUCAUCAUUGGUGAGAUAUAUGCCAAGGCCUUGAAACGCAGAGCUGCGUCCGGCACAGACAAGGUCCUAGGAGAGGCGAAUAAAUCCUCUGGCGCUGAUAGCAAACCUAGCCGCUUGAAGCGUGCAUUCACAUGGGGCAAGAAAAAAGCCAAAGACAAUGUCAAGACCCAGGACGCGUCUACCGCUGCGGCCGACGCAGCAGCAGCGGAUGCUCAGGUCACAUCUGGCGCGAUCAUCAAUUUAAUGGCGGUGGACUCUUUCAAAGUGGCUGAAAUUUGUGCCUAUCUGCACUUCCUUUGGGCGAACACUCCAGUUCAGGUUGUGCUCGCUGUUUAUCUCCUGUACAAGAUUAUGGGAUACAGCUCGAUAGCGGGUAUUGGGAUGAUGGCUCUGCUCCUCCCAAUCAACCUGUUCAUCUCCAAGCGAUUCGCAUCUAUUCAGAAGAAGAUUUUAGCCGCCACGGACAGCAGGAUUCACACCACAAACGAGGUACUGAGCAAUAUUCGCAUAAUCAAAUUCUUUGCAUGGGAGCAGCGCUUCAUUGGAAUGGUGGACGACAAACGAGACGUGGAGCUGAAGCACCUACGCCAUCGAUACAUGUGGUGGGCUAUUGCAGCUACCGUCUGGUCUGGAGCGCCGAUUCUCAUCACUUUCCUUUCAUUCUUUGUGUAUACAGUUGUUGAAAAGAAGGAUCUCGUGCCAUCGGUUGCGUUCACGGCGCUCUCUCUGUUUCAGAUCCUGCGCAUUCCUCUUGAUCAGCUUGCUGACAUGGUUGCGCAUGUCCAAGAAUCGAAAGUCUCCACAGACCGUAUCGAAGAGUACCUGAACGAACCGGAAACUGACAAGUACAACCAGUUGGCAAAAACCGAAUUCGACGAUGAAGGCGAGCCCCUUAUUGGUUUCAACGAAGGUACCUUUUCUUGGGGAAGCAAAGAAACGGACGAGGCCUGCGACGUUUUCAGACUGCUGGAUCUUGACAUCGAGUUCAAAGUGGGUCAACUGAACGUUAUUGCUGGCUCAACUGGCUCAGGUAAAUCUUCUUUAUUGAUGGCAUUACUUGGUGAAAUGACCCUUAUGAGGGGAGCUGUACGUUUGCCCGGUGGGCGCAGCAGAGAAGAAAUGAGACAAGAUCCAAAGACAGGACUCUAUGAAGGAGUUGCAUAUUGUGCGCAACAAGCCUGGCUCGUGAACGACAACAUCAAGGAGAACAUCGUUUUCGCAAGCCCCUGGAAUCCAAAACGAUACAAGGAUGUCAUUGCAGCAUGUUCUUUGCAACGGGACCUGGAGAUACUUGAUCAAGGCGACCAGACCCUUGUUGGUGAGAAGGGUGUGACCCUCUCCGGUGGGCAGAAGCAGCGCAUCUCACUUGCACGUGCGCUUUAUAGCAGGGCCCGUCACGUCAUACUGGACGAUGUGCUGAGUGCAGUGGACUCCCACACAGCGAAGUGGAUCUUUGAAAAGGCAUUACUCGGACCGUUGAUGUAUAACAGGACUUGCAUUCUGGUGACACACAACGUCGCUCUAUGUUUGCCGCAAGCUGAGUUAGCUGUCGUGCUUGACAAUGGUCAAAUAGUCGCCCAAGGAACGCCAACUGAGGUCAUUGAUUCUGGCAAACUAGGCGAAGAUCUGACUGCAUCCCGGCCUGCGUCGAGAGGCCCGUCUAGGGUUCAAUCGACCAUUGUUCCGGAUCAUCCAGAAGAGGAUACUCUUGGUGAGGCCAGCCUUUCAAUGCUUGAUGCUAGCCAUCAUAGAGGUGAUCAUCCGGGACGCCGCCACUCUAGCACUUCGCAGGUCAGAGCGCAAGGCUCAGAAAAUACUUUCCUUCAAUCAAAUGACAAAUCCGCAAAAUCAACCAAGACGAAUUUACCGGAAGAGACUAAAGCAGUCGGCGGAGUCAAGAUUCGAAUAAUUGCUCUUUAUUUACGUGCUAUGGGAGGUUUCUGGUUUUGGUCAUUCGCUGUCUUGGUCUUCGCGGCACAACAAAUUGCUUCUGUUGCUACCAACGUCUGGGUGCGAGAAUGGGCGACAGCUUACCUGCCUAAAGAAGCUCGUGUCAUGAAUAUCGAGAAUCAAACACCUGUCACACACGUUGGAGGUAUCAGCAGUAUGGGGUCUUGUCUAAGAAGUGGUACCUGCGUGUGGAACUUGCCCUUCUUCAUGACUAAGACGGAUACCUUCAGCAUUGCAUCCGAUAUGGAAGUCAACGCUGGAUACUAUCUGGGCAUCUACGCACUACUUGGUAUACUCUUCAUGAUCAUCACACUUUCCAGGGAGGCUGUUCUCUUUGAGGGCUCCCUAACAGCCUCUAGAAGGAUCCACACUCGUUUGAUAGAGAGCAUCACUCACGCCAAAUUCAGAUUCUUCGAUUCCACUCCUCUAGGGCAGCUCAUGAAUCGUUUUUCCAAGGAUAUCGAGUCUGUCGACCAAGAAAUCGCACCUGUUGCCAUUGGUGUCAUUCAUUGCAUGGGAUCAAUUCUCACUAUCGUUGUCCUCAUCUCCAUUAUCACGCCCGGUUUCCUGAUUGCGGGCGCUUUUAUCAGUGUUCUCUAUUUCUUCAUUGGCAAAUUUUACAUCAACUCAUCAAGAGACCUGAAACGUCUCGAGUCGGUACAGCGCAGCCCUAUCUAUCAGCAGUUUGGAGAAUCUCUCUCAGGCAUGACCACUAUCCGUGCUUAUGGCGACGAGGCUCGCUUUAUACGCGACAAUCUAACAAAGAUUAAUACUCAAACUCGGCCAUUCUUGUACCUAUGGGCUGCAAAUCGUUGGCUCGCGUUCAGGGUUGAUGUUGUCGGCGCCAUGGUCUCUUUCUUCUCUGGCACCUUUGUCAUUCUCAGUGUCGGCAAGAUCGAUGCUGGUGCGGCUGGUCUGGCUUUGACGUACGCUGUGACUUUCACUGAGAACGUUCUCUGGUUUGUCCGCCUCUACUCUUCCAACGAGCAGAAUAUGAAUUCAGUGGAACGUAUCAAAGAAUAUCUCGACGUCGAGCAAGAAGCAGACAUGAUCACCGAGACAAAGCCACCCGUUUCCUGGCCAUUAAAAGGGUCGGUAGAAUUCGUCAAUUAUAGCACUCGUUACCGACCAGAUUUCGAUACGGUUCUGAAGAAGAUCUCUUUGAAGAUCCUGCCGGGCGAAAAGGUCGGCGUUGUUGGCCGUACUGGUGCUGGUAAAAGUUCCCUGGCACUAGCUCUGUUCAGGGCGCUCGAAGCAGAGGAAGGGAAGAUUCUUGUCGACGAUUUAGACAUCGGUCUGUUGGGUCUACAGGAUCUACGUCAGAAUAUCGUCAUGGUUCCCCAGGACCCGACUCUUUUCUCUGGUACCAUCCGCAGUAACUUGGACCCCUUUGGUGUCUUUACGGACGAAGAAAUUUUUACCGCACUACGACGUGUUCAAUUGAUCGGAUCAACUGCCACCAGUACGGCUUCCACCACACCCUCGUCACCAACGGUCGCCGCAAAUGAGAGUGACGACAGCAGUGAUGAGAGCGAUCGCCUGACCACAAGACGUAUGUCUGUGAUUGCUACAACGAAUCCCGGCAGUAUUACAUCGCCCUUUCAUCCGGAUGCAUCUGAUGUAUCGGAUGCUACGAUUGUGAUUCCCGAGUCUCCUACUCCUGACAAUCCGAUCCGGGUGAAGGGCGUUAAAGAGAAUAAGAAUCUUUUCCUAAACCUCAACUCGCCUGUCGCAGAAUCCGGUACUAAUCUUUCGCAAGGCCAGCGGCAAUUGCUGUGCCUGGCUCGGGCAUUACUUAAAAAUCCGCAAGUCCUCCUCAUGGACGAAGCAACAGCAUCUAUUGACUAUGCAACGGAUGCGAAGAUCCAAGACACGAUACGAGAAUUGAAGAGCACCACAAUCACGAUCGCACACAGGUUACAAACAAUCAUCGACUAUGACAAAGUUGUCGUCAUGGACAAGGGCUCCAUUGUACAAUGUGGCUCGCCAUGGGAGUUGAUCAGUAACAAGGAGGGUCAAUUUAGAGACAUGUGCGUCGCUGCUGGCGAAGGCGAACUUGAGAUAUUGCUCAAAUUAGCGAAGAGAGCACACAUGGCGCGGAAACUGGUAGACGAUGAAUAG